UUAGAGCUGGUGCUUCACUUGCUUGGUGUGCAGUGCUAGAGGGACUGUUACAGUAGCUGGAAGACUUCAGACAUGGUGGAGGACAGGAUGGGGGACUGUUGGAGCCACACCAAGGAUCAGUUUGACAACUUGGAGAAGCAUACGCAGUGGGGGAUCGAAUUUGUGGAGAAGUACACCAAAUUCGUCAAGGAGAGGUCGGAGAUUGAAACAAGCUAUGCAAAACAAAUUAGGAAUUUAUCAAAGAAGUAUCAACCCAAGAAGAACUCGCGAGAGGAGGAUGAGAGCAAGUUCACCUUCUGUCGAGCCUUCCUGACAUCACUUAAUGAGCUCAAUGACUACGCGGGUCAACACGAGGUCAUAGCGGAGAACCUGACGUCUCAAAUCAUCGCCGAGCUGUCACGCUACCUGCAGGAGCUCAAAGCAGAGAGAAAAACCUCCUUCCAUGAUGGGCGCAAGGCACAGCAGCACAUCGAGAGCUCGUGGAAACAGCUGGAAUCGUGUAAAAGAAGGUUUGAGAGGGACUGUAAAGAGGCGGACAGAGCACAGCAAUACUUUGAGAAGAUGGAUGCUGACAUUAACGUGACUAAGGCUGACGUGGAAAAGGCACGACAGCAAGCUCAGAUGAGGCACCAGAUGGCUUCUGACAGUAAGAGCGAUUACUCCGCCUACCUGCAGAAGUUCAAUCAGGAGCAGAAUGAACAUUACUUCACAGUUAUCCCCAACAUAUUCCAGAAACUUCAAGACAUGGAGGAGAAACGAAUUGACAGGGUAGCAGUGUGCAUGAAGACGUUUGCAGACGUGGACCGCCAAGUGCUGCCCAUCGUGGGGAAAUGUUUAGACGGCAUGACGAAAGCCGCCGAGUCCAUCGAGCCCAAGACUGACUCGCAGCAGGUAGUGGAGUCCUACAAGUCAGGGUUCGAGGCUCCGGGCGAUGUGGAGUUUGAGGACUUCAGCCAGGCCAUGAAGAGGACGGUGUCUGAGACCAGCCUGUCCAACUCCAAAGAGGUCAAGGAGAGGACCGGGGGCAAGAGCAAGGGCAAACUGUGGCCUUUCAUUAAGAACAAGAACAAGGGUUCUGGACCAGAGGACUUCAGCCACCUGCCGCCAGAACAGAGGAGGAAGAAGCUGCAGGGAAAGAUCGACGACCUGAAUAAGGACAUCCAGAAAGAGAUGGACCAGAGGGACGCUCUCACUAAGAUGAAAGACGUGUAUGUGAAGAACCCUCAGAUGGGGGAUCCGGCCAGCGUGGACCCCCGGCUGUCAGAAAUAGGCCAGAACAUUGAGAAGUUCCAGUACGAGGCGCAGAAGUUUGAGGGCUGGUUAGCGGAGGUGGAGGAAAGGAUGCCAUCUAAGAGCGAUUCGAACCGGAGGAGUGGGCUCUAUGAGACCCAGAACAACUCCACUCAACUCGUGAGCAACAACUGUGCGCAGGACAGAGAGAGGCCCUUGAGCAGCCCGGAUGGCAGCUACACAGAGGAGCAGAACUCAGAGACGCAGGUCAAAGCCACCGUCAACCCCCCCGUCAACCCCCCCGUCAACCCCCCCGUCAACCCCACCGUCAACCCCACCGUCAACCCCACCGUCAACCCCGCCCUCCCCACCUCCUCCACGCCGGAGUUCGAUGACGAGUUUGACGACGACGAGACCCUGCCCACCAUCGGCACCUGCAAGGCCUUGUACCCGUUUGAAGGUCACAAUGAGGGCACCAUCGCCGUGGCAGAGGGCGAGCUGUUGUACGUUAUAGAAGAGGACAAAGGGGACGGAUGGACACGAGUGCGCAGGAACGAGGACGAGGAGGGAUACGUCCCCACGUCCUACGUCGAGGGUCUUUUUGGAAACAAAUGCCAAAGAUUCCUAAAAGUGUGAGGCUGGAUGAGGAAUGGCAGGGCAAGCAGUCUGGGAGAAACCACCAUGUUCCUCGCGCGCUCACAGAGUCAGAGAGAGAAAGUGAAAGAUGACCUCAAUCUAAAAAGAGAGGGACGCCCGAUUAGUACGCAUCUCAAUUUCCCAAAAACCUUUACGAAACAAACCCUGCUUCCUCUGCGAAGAGAAGCCACGAUAAGAGAAGUCCAUCUAAAUUUUAGAGCUCAUAACCCUUUCCACUGUUAACAGCCAUGCAGCAGUCACAACCACAGUAUUCAAUCUGCCUUUUUCAGCUUGCUUUAAUGUAACUAACUCGCUUGCACCACACACGGUCAUCAACGUGGCUGUUGGCUUCCUCACUCUGAACGCCCCACCCCCCCCGGCUCUGACACCCCUCCUCUUCCUUACCUAACACUGUACACACACACACACACACUCACACACACGAGGGAGGUUGUGGUCAGAGACAGGACGGGGACCAGCUGGAGCCUUAUGGACAAAACACCUUCAUCCUGCGGUGUGUGUGUGUGUGAGCCAUGACCUCCUCACUCCUUCACUCAGAGGAGCGUCACCCCGACGUCAUCUACAUACAGGCAGUGGUGGAAAAAGUACUAGGAUCCUUUACUUAAGUAAAAGUACUAAUACCACAGUCUAAACAUACUCCAUUACCAGUAAAGGUCCUGAGUUAAAAAAAAUUCUAACAUAAAAGUAUUAUCAGCUAAAUGUACUCAAGUAUAAGAAGUAUAAGUACUCAUUGUGCAGAAUGCCUGUUAUCCAUUUGUUGUAUUAUUAUAGAAUAUUAUAUGUUUCUGUUUGAAUCAUUAGAAACAUAUGGAGCACAUUUUGGAAAAUACUUAGUAAAUGAUUGGUAAAUAUAGAUCAUAUAAACACAUGUAUUUAAUUUUAAAAGUAACUACAAAUAAAUGUAGUGCAGUAAAAGUAAAACAUUUACAUCUGAGAUGUAGUGAAGUAGAAAGUAGCAGAAAAGGAAAAUACUCAAAAGUAAAAGCACCCCAAAAUGAUACUCAGGUACAUUACUUGAGUAAAUGUACUCAGUUACAUUCCACCACUGCAUCUAGGGCUUAACACACUCAUGUUCACCCUCUCACUAAAUCAUAUUUGCAGGUUUCAGAAGGAUCAUGUAUCUGUGUGUUCUCUCUUCUGUUGUGUGUUUGAACGCCUUAUUUUGAAGGCCUUGUGUCCCAUUUCCUCCACACCACGAUCACCCCCACACAUCCAGGAGAGGAAAAGAGACGAAAGGUCAUUCUCCAUCUCCAUCUUCCUCUUCCUCAUCCUCACUGUCCCUCUCUCUCUGAGCACACCCUCCCUCCCCCCUGACGCGGCUCAGGCUAUCCCCUUGCUGCUUCGAGCACCCUUGUUUUGCCGCAGCGGGGGGGGCCUCUCAGCGUUGUGGUGUGCUGCAUGCUUGCCCUGUCUUCCUCCUCGCCCCUCUGCUGGCACCCUGGAGCAGGCGAUGGGGGGGGUGGUAAGGUUAGCUUACGCCCCCCCCCCGCCUCCAGCCUUUCUGUUCAGUUAACCCUCAUUGCCUGGUCGUACUGAAUUAACCUGAAUGCUACUGUUUAGGUUCGGUGCCUGUGGUUCUUUUUUUUUUAUAAUACCUUGUUUUUUUUAGUUCAUAAAGCAUGUUUUCCUGUUUUUAACAACGAGAGUGAUCUCCUCCUCCCAGUGUUCACCAGUUUAAUCUCAGCAAAGGACGAUAGGGACCCGAAUAUGUUGUUUUCUGAAUGAUCUUAUGCAUAGGUAGGUCUUGUGCAUUUGUUUUACUGUAAGUACACAGUACAGUAUGUAUGUACAAAUGUUAUUAUUGUAUGUUUUGAUCAGAGUGUCUAACACACGUUGUUAGUUUACAGUUAAUCAGCCUUGUGGAAAUGUCUCCACUCGGUCCAGGCAACCCAAAAAUGAAGAUAUGAUUUACACCUGAUGUUAGGAUGAUCCACUUAAACUGUCCACUGUAUAUGGAAAUAUACUGUGAUCCUUUUCCUGUGAGUCUGUGACUGACCCAGAAUCUCCUGCUUUUUUUGGGCCUUAACUUUGGUUUUCUGAGAGAAAGGAUGAUGCUGAUAGCUGUGGUUUGCUGAAAGGAUUAAGAUGUGAUUAUCUCAAGAAGUUUGGGGGCAAAAUUAAGAGUUUUUAUAAUCAUACAGAGAAAGUAUUUCCACUGAUUCCCCGGCACAUAAUGUACGUGAUUUUAACAUUUUCUGUUUUAUAUAUUUGAUGAUGUUAAGUUGAGAUUCAGCUUUUCUUUUUUUGUUUUCUAAAGCUGGAAGUCUAUGUUGUAUUUUCUGCCUGAAUGGGACUGAAAUCCCUUAACUGCAAAUAUUAGUAACAAUGAAAUUGUUCUGUAUGAAGCCAUUCUUAAAUAUUGAUCUGAUUCAGCAUGUUACAACCACUUUUCAACCGGAGGAGUGACGGACAUAUUGACCAUUUGGACUCUUACAUGGAAGAAAUGAUCAAAUCUCUGCUGAAGUUCAUGUUUUCUUUUCAACAUGUCAUGAUUUCAAAAACCUUAUUAUGUUUUUAACAAUAAAUCUGAAGAGGCACAGAUCAUUGUAGCUCAAUAGCAUCCAUCUCUGCCAGUGCUCUGCAAAGACACCACAAAACGUUUGAGUCCCUGCCCCGGAAUAACCUGCCUGUACAGAGGAAACGGCACGUUGGAAUUAGAGAGAAUAUAUAUGAAUAUAUAAAUAAAGUUUAAAAAGGAAAACAUCUAUUUUAACUAUUGAGAGUCUUACCAUUACUUUAUCUGCUUUGCAAAGUAAGACUUCCUUUCCUUUCUAAGGUCUACCAAAUGGUGUGUUUUUGCACUUUUUCGUUUGUGUUCCAUUUGGUAGCCCAUGCUUGUGUUUUGGAGCACUGAAUACUUUGUAUUGUGUUUACCGUGCCAAUUAAAUAUGCCUGGAAAGUUAA